AUCGAGGAGACACCGAAGAUCCAAACACCUACCCCGGAAUACGAAGGCUCAUUCUUUGUGGACAGCACCGUCGGCAUGAACCUGACUUUCCGCUUGAAGACAGACGCGAAGAGCCACGUUUUAAGCGGACCCUCCCUUAUCAAGCCCGACGGCACGACUCUGAAGGGCGCCGCUGAUUUCGACGACAUCGGAAACGUGUGGACAAUCGUCGUGCCCGAGGCGGAGGAAGGAGCUUGGCAUUGGAAAGUCACACUCAGCCAAGAUUCGUCCAAAUAUAUACAAGCGACAGUUCUAGCUCUACCACGUGAUCCAAACGACGCACCAAUCGUUACCACAGUUAAGUUCCUUGCCCCCGCGACUGGCGUGAGUCCCAAAGAUCAGAACAUCAAGAUCAUGGCCACAGUGAUGAAGGGGAACAGUCCGAUCCGCGGAGCAGAUGUGGUCGCCUACGUCACGCCCCCAGACAUCUCGGCGAGCGCACAGGAAUACGAGCUCCUGGACAACGGCGUGGGGGCGGACGCUGUCUCGGGCGAUGGCAUCUACUCUCGCUAUAUGACGAAGUUCGCCGGCGAGGGACGGUACAGCAUCAAGGCCCUGGUGAAGGGAGGGUCUAGCGCUAGCGUCAACAACGGGCCUCCACCGCCACCCACAUACCCCUCUGCCGGGCGUCGGCGCCGUCGCUCUACUGAUUUAGAUAUUAAGCCCAAGCCUUGCUGUGGCAGCGUCGUCCCCUACGACCCAGACACAGCCGCUCCAACGGGCAACUUCACUCGAGUCGCUUCAGGAAGCUCACUCAAGGUGAUUGACCCCCCUGCCCCUGACGAAGACAUUCUAGCUCCUUGCAGGGUGCCUGAUCUCCAGGUGGCGGAGUUGUACGGCCUAGACGAAGGAGGCAGCAUCCUCACCCUCAUCUGGACUUCUCCUGGAGACGAUCAUGAUGAGGGCACAGUGUCAGACUACACCUUCCGGCUAAGUGAGGUCCGCCCCGACCUCAGUAACAAAGGGUUCGACGAGGCCCCACCGAGCACCCUCCUGCACUUCGAGAGGGAGGCCCUGAACCAGAGCGGCGUCCUGGUUCCCUUCGGCUCCUCCGUCGCCUUCAACGUCACCUACAAGGGGGCGUUCACUUUCGGCACCGAGUACCUGGUGGCACUGAAAGCGAAAGACGAGGCUGGGAAUGGAAGCCCUGUCUCCAACGUUGCCUCCUUCUUCCUGGACCAAAAGCUCGAUCUUCCUUCAUGGGCCGAUGAACUGAUAAAAACAAUCAAGAAAUCAAACGCAGAGUUUUUCUCGCAGUCGUGAAAGACCAAAGAUAGGUAAUGCAGAGGUUCUUGUCUCGCUGGGACAAGAUGAAUAAACAAGAUAGAUAAAAUUAUAUUAAUAAAACUAAAACGUU